CUCCAAUUUCAAGCACGUACGCCACCCUCCAAGCGCCCAGGGCACAGUCAUAGCCAUGGCCACUGCGAACCAGGACUGCGCCGCGACGUUCCAGUUCCACGACCAUCGCGGAGGCACGGCAGCGACGGGGCUCCACGGCCGGACGAUCUCCUCCGAGCAGGAGCACGGCAUCAUCGUGGCCGCGCUGCGACACGUCGUCUCCGGGUACACCACGGCGCCGCCGGAGGUCGUCGUGGCCGUGGCGUGCGGGCGGUGCGGCAUCGACGGCUGCCUCGGGUGCGACUUCUUCGGGGCCGCCGAGCCGGAGGCGGCGGCGGCGGCCGUGCCCGCGGGAGGGGUGCAGAGGAAGCGGCGGAGGAAGAAGAACGUCUACCGCGGCGUGCGGCAGCGGCCGUGGGGCAAGUGGGCGGCGGAGAUCCGCGACCCGCGCCGCGCGGUGCGCAAGUGGCUCGGGACCUUCGACACCGCCGAGGAGGCCGCGCGGGCGUACGACCUCGCCGCGCUCGAGUUCCGCGGCCCGCGCGCCAGGCUCAACUUCCCGUGCUCCGACGGGCCCCUGCGUGAGCACGGGAGCGGCAAUGGCGGCGAUGGUGACGCUGGCGCGGCGCCGCAGAACGAGACUCUGGCCACGCCGUCGCCGUGCAGCACGGACGCCGGCCAGAGGACGCCGGGAGAGUGGCAGCUGGGUGCGGGCGGAGCCGGCGACCAGCUGUGGGAAGGCCUGCAGGAUCUCAUGACGAUAGAUGGAGAGGACCCGUGGUUCGCGCCAUUUUCGAGUCCAGCAUAGGUGUAUUUGAGAUCUUGUAUAUAAGGGUGAUUACUUAUAGUGACAGAUACCAGCUGUUGGGAACAGACUAACUGAGAAUCGUAGUGAUUUAUUCGUUCGAUUUGUUGAGACAAAGCAUUGCCAGCACACAGUCGUUAGUUCGUUACACUUGUUAAGCAUCACGAGUACUCCCCCUCCCUCCGUAAACUAUUAUAAAAGCAUUUUUAUCAUUA